GCUGUGAACGCGCCCGUCCCCUGCGAGCGCCGCUCGCAUCCAGCGCCGGCACCGCCGCGUUAUCUCGGCAGGGCGGGGCGGCCGCGCUGCUCCUCCUCGGCACAGCCCUGCCACCGGAGAAACCGGCUUGGUGCGCGCCUCCUUCGCGAGUGUCAGACAUGGAUGCUUUCCAAACGAUCCUCAAGUUCUUUAUGAACCGGAAAACCGCCAUAGGUUACAGUUUCAUGGCGCUGCUGACAAUGGGAGGUGAACGUGUGUUUUCUCUUGUCGCUUUCAGAUGCCCUUGCAGCAGCGAAAACUUCAGGUACGGUUUGGUGUUCCUCUUCUCGCCAGCUCUGGUUUUGCUAGUUAUUGGAUACUUCUUGAACAGCAAGACCUGGAAACUCUUUACAGGCUGCUGGGUGAAUCCCAGGAAAAUCUUCCCCAGAGGGAAUGUCUGCCAUUUCUUUUACGUCUUUGGACAAAUCACUUUGAACGCUCUGGUAGCCCCAGUGAUGUGGCUUUCCGUGGCUUUGCUCAACGGGACUUUUUACGAAUGUGCCAUGAGUGGCUUGGAAAAUCCUGCCUACUUACACGCAGUUUGUCACAGAAAAGCGGAGAAGUGCUUUGAAGAGCUACACAAGGUACCCUGUGACAAAAGCUCCCUGCCCUUUUCAGAGAGUGACGAACUGAAAAGAACACUUCAAGCACAGUCCCAGAUUUUAGGCUGGUGUGUGAUAGUUACCACAGCUCUCCUCUCCCUGCUAACCACUUGCUGUGCCAGCUGCCAGUCAAAAGUCAGCCACCUCCAGCAGAUGUUCUGGAGAGUGUACGAGGGGACAGAGAAGGAGCAACUGGAGCAGAUUUUCCAGCUGUAUGCCACCAAGCUGAGUGAGCGAAACCUGAAGUGCUUUUUUGAAAACAAGGAACCAGAACCCAUUUCCCUGCCAGCUUUCCAGGCAUGGGAAGAUGCUUCCCAGCUCCACUCUUUCAGCAGCAGCAAACAGCAUUAUAGCACGAUUCACAGGCUAGUUGAAGAAGGCCAGAAAGGAAUCAGUGAGGAAAGAGAGACAAUGCUGGACCUUGCAGACAGAAGGGAGCUACCAUAGACCAAGUAUAUUUUCAGCUUUUUUUUAUAUCUUGUUAAUAUGGCAUCCUUCUAGCUGGUUUUGUCUCUAUAUUUUUUCACAAUGGUCUCUUUCUUCUUCAUGCUUCCUCACAGUUAGAUACUUGCUCCAAAAGGACAGAAUGAAAUUAUUUCCCUACACAAGUGAAAACGGCAUCCAGGGUUCAUGUCACUGGCUUGGCAUCAAGAGCUGACAGCACAAAGAAAUUAAUAAUGGCUUCUACAAGAGGGUUUUAACAAUAUGCCAUGUAAAAUGUGCUAUAGUGUGCUUGUCCUAUGUAAAUCAAGACACUAUCAACAAGUAAAGUCAUUUAAAGUGUGUGAAUAUAAUAACAAGAUAUGUGUGGCUUUCUGACAGCCCACAGAAAGUAAAGGUUUUCUGUCCAGGUCCUUUCCAGGCUAAUUGCAGAUACAGCCUUGUUUUGAGGCACCAGUGAUCCCUCAAGGCUUCUCUGUCUUUGGAUAUUUUGCCCCUGUAGAACAUCUCCCUAUAAUCUGUUCCCAGUCUAGACCUUCUCUUUGUAUGGAUGUAAAGUUCUAGUUUUGAGCGAGUUUCAGGCACUGGGUGCAGCCCAUAGUGCUAUGUAAUAUGGUUGUUUCUGGGCCUCCAGCCAGUGUGCAACACAGGGUCUGGAAGGAAAUUUCGAUUUUUAGACAAGAAAAUAUUUUUGCAGAAGACUGACUUUCAUUUUUUUGAAUACUCCAGGAAAAUUUAGUGUCUGGAGCAAGAAGAGACAGCAGGUGAGGCAACUGCACAGUCAGUGCCUCUGACAAAUGCAUUUCAUCCCAGAGCCCUGUGCUUUAUCUCACCCACUUGGAAUUCAUUACAUGUUUCUCUGGGUGUUCAGAGUAUUUGCAAUGCUGUAUAAAAGGAAAACAAAGUUACUUUCCCUGGGGUGGCUGGGCCGGCUUUUGCGCAGCAUUUUAUUGCCAGUCCGUCCGAGUCUGCAAAGAAUCAUAGUUUUGCUGUGCUCUUCUCAACAAACCAGGGCAUUCUGCCCAGCUGUUCUCAUACUCAUUUGGCUUCUUCAGCAGGUAAAAUCAUCUAUAUACACACCAUUACUCUUUAUGAAAUAAAACACGAGAACUAAUUCAA